AUUCUUUCGCUUUUGGUUUCUUGUAAGAUUUGUCGAGCUUAGCGAUUUCAGUAGAUUCGUAGCCGUCCGCGGGGUUGAAAAACGAAAAAAAUAAAAAGCCAAACAGAAAAAGUCUUGCGCUCGAUAAACGUGGAUUUACCUUGUAAUUGAAUAAAGCAGAGGAAAAAAAGCAUAAAGCGAAAAUUGAAAAAAUGCUGAGAUUUGCUGUAAUUGCCUGUCUGCUGGUGGCCUUCGUCCAGGGCCUGGAGUUCAGCGAUUGCGGCUCGAAGACGGGCAAGUUCACCCGUGUUGUCAUCGAGGGCUGUGACACAACCAAAUCGGAAUGCAUCCUCAAGCGCAACACCACGGUGUCCUUCUCGAUAGACAUUACCCUGGCGGAGGAGGCCACCGCCGUCAAGACUGUCGUCCAUGGCAAGGUACUGGGCAUUGAGAUGCCCUUCCCGCUGGCCAAUCCCAAUGCCUGUGUGAACAGCGGCCUCAAGUGCCCCCUGGAGAAGGGGGCAUCGUAUCGCUACACGGCCACCCUGCCCGUGCUCAGGACCUAUCCGAAGGUCUCCGUGCUGGUCAAGUGGGAGCUGCAGGAUCAGAACAGCGAAGACAUCAUUUGUGUGGAGAUACCCGCCAAGAUCCAGUAGAUCCAUCUCGCUGAUCCACGGGAUCGUCGCUCUGCAAUUAUUGGAACAUGAAGAGCGGCGAGCGCGAGCGCGAGCGGAAGCCGCCCCCCAAGUUCAGCCUGUCUGUAGUCUCUCUCUCUCCCCUCUUCCUUAUUGUAAUCUAAUUUAAAAUAAAGAAAAAUACAAAAAACA